AUGUUUUUUAAAAACCAUUCUUUUGCAUCGCUUAAAAAGAGUUAAGAGCAGGAUUGCUAAGAGAUAAUAGAUCGAAUUAAAUCUUUCUUGUUUGCUACUGUGCUUAAGAAUGAAAUUUGCUUUUAAGUCAAACGAUUUUAAGGACUGAAUUUUGCGAUUAAUUCUAUUGAUGAAUUGAAAUUUGUGUUAUCAUUUAGACUGAAGUUUGUGCUUCCAUAAAACUUUUUUUGUCUUAUUUCACAGAGAGCUUACUAAACUUUAGCUUUGCGUAUAUUCAGACGAUAGGUCUCCUUCUUUUUUAAGAACGCCAUUUCCAUAUAGUCGUCUUCAUCAAAGCUAUCAUUAACACACUAUCUUUAACUCAUGAGGUUUGAAAUCAAAAAUUAAUAAUGA